AAGUAGAACAAGAUUCCCUGGGAACAACAGAUGUGAAUCAAAGAAAAUCGCUCACCUGUUAACACUAAAAAUGAGUGGAGGGACAUACGCUAGCUUUUAUUUGAAAAAUUACUGUUUAUUGUAUUUAAAGUUGUAAAUAUGCUAUAUGUGCUCAAGUUGUUUUGGUCUGUUUGGUGAUUGAACUUGGAGAGGGCUUCGUAUGCUUGUUUUGUCUUGAAUGUUUCCGGAGACCUGCUUUGGUGUCCAAUUUAUUUGUGUGUCUUAUGCCCUUUUUACUGCAACCUCAAGGGUGCCGAGCUACUUAUUUAAAUCUCAGAUUAGUUAUGUUUAAAUUUAGACAGGCUUAAAUUGAAUGUCAUGAGAAGAGCAGGGCUAGUUUCCCAGCCUGGAUUUAGAAGAAAAAAAUUCCAUUGAAAAAUGCUUAGUCUAGCAAUGCUCCAUCUGGGAAACAGAGUAGAGCCACCCUGUCUUGUUUUGAAGACUUCCUGUGGUGCCUCUAAAUUACAGCCCAAAUGAAUUCCCCCUCCGUCUCAUCAGUCAACGUCAACGUCUGUUGACUUUCUCAAGCCAUUUUUGCCUUUUGAAUCUGAUAUCCUUAGUUGCAUUAUCAUUGCUUCAUGCGGUUUAAACCAUCAACCACAUGAUCACCUCUCAAUCUAUUAACUCUUGUGGCAAUUCAGAGAUUGCUUGGUGCUGUUGGGGGGGGGGGGCUUUGUACAAAUUAAAUGUGCAGAUUUGCUCAUUUGUGGCGUUUUCCCUUCAGAAAGAGCUGCAAUUGCGUCUUGGUUCUUAACAGGACUUUGUUAACGUUGGUGAAAUUAAUAUUUUAAUUUGAUUGUUUUUUAGGAUCUUAUCUAAUGUAUUUAUGAAUGUAACACAAUAUGCACCUGCUACUUUGCUGUGGCCACGUGGUAAUAUGUGGGACUGUCAGAACCAGAAGUGGGAAGAUAAUCUGCCAUUGUAAUGUUUUUAAUAAAAGUAUUUGGACUGUAACUUCAUCCUUAUUUUCUAACCCUCCUAAAAUGUGUGUAUGUUUGUAGAGCUUUGAAUGAUUUGUCAGAGAGAGUUCAGAGAGGGCAUUGAAGGUCUUGACUUUUUAAUCAGAGCUAAGUAAUGAUAUUGGUUUUAAUAAGUAAAUAACCUAUACAAUACUUAAUUUGCUUGUAACACUUUUCUCUUUCCACCUCUGAUUAACCAAGCUGUCUUUCCACUUCAACAUUCCUAGUGUCAUGGCUAUAUGUCUGUGAUGCGUUACUGAGGGCAUACAACAAUGGUGCAUGUUUUUCUACUGGUGCCUGUUUUAUGUGGUGUAUUGACACCAGCACAACGAGCUAUUUAAAGCACUAUAUGUAAACGUUUGAUAAUGAUUGUUGCUAUCAGAGAUGUGUGUCUUAACAUUUGGAUACGGAAUAAAUUAUACUUUUGUCUCCUUUCGAAAAGAGUCACGCCACAAAAUAAAGGGUCAGGCUCCACGGUUGCUUCGUGUUUUCAUCAACUUGUGUGCUUUGCUCAAAUGAUUUUUCAUUCAUUUACUAAGGUCAUUGUGGGAAUAUGUUUUUUGUAGCCUUUGUCCAGUCAGGGGCGUCGGUGAUCAAAUGGAUAAAGCCCGUUGGGGGUGCUGAAUUGAUUAGACGCUCUCUCGGUAUUGGCCAGUUUUGGAUAACCGUUUGUUGCAGCGCAUGAAUGCAACGAGGUCAAAAGUCACCCAAAGGUGGCAGGGUCACAUCCAAUGAAAAGAUGAGGGGUCCUGCUUCUCAUCGAAUCGGAGCUGCGCCGGGACAAAGAUGACUCGCACACUCUUUAAAUAUGGCGCUUGACGCUUCCUUCCCACCUGGCCGUGGCACCUCUGAGCUCCGUGUGAACGAGCGACGGCGCUAAAGUGACCGACGUCUAGACAAGCAGGACGUAAACAUGUUUUACCAGACAUGAUGCGACACGCCCCGUGUUUGGUCUUCACGCUCUCCACUCCCGGCGACUUAUUUCGUGUACAAUUUGGCUCUUUGGUUUGUGCAAGAAAAGUAUGUGCCGAAGUUUGUAGGCUACUGCGUAAAACGUGGAAAUAGAUAAUUGUAACCGAAGAUAAAGAUGAUAACCAACAAGUAAAACGGCGGGGAACGGGGGGGGGGGGGAACUAGCUCAUUGCCUUCCUUAUAAAUGACACCUCUAUAAAUUCUGUCUGGACGCAUUUAACGUUGGAUUUCUCACCGGAAUGCGUAGCUCCAUGCGCAAGGUUGUUGGGACAGCUUGCCACCACUUCUCCACGUUUUCUUUGUUGUUUUUACAAUGUUUGUCCAGUUGCUUAGCGCAUGGUGCUGCUUCAUAAGAGUUUUAGACUCUGGACGACCGUGGGGGCGGUCAGAGGGGUUGCCCUUUCCACCUCCAUUCACACUCUGAAAGGCUGAUGUUGCGUCUUUCUCUCAUUGUGCAGUUUCGUUAGCUUUUUUCGCUGUUCGGGGAAAUGGAGCUGAGUGAGAGUUCGCACUUUGCGUUGUGUUUUGGUUAUUAAGGCAUGUAUUUCAUGAAACCCGAAGUUCUGCAUUUUUUACACGUGUUUCUGGGAUAUAUUUUGUUCAGUAGCCUAAAUGUCCAGCGCGUGGGAACUCGGCUUGAUCUUUCGGAUUGCUACAACUCUCCUCUGCGCACAGCUAACUGAUUUCCACAAUGUUUACGUACAAAACGGACGACUACUUUUGAAAAUCGACAUUCCGAAGUUGAAGACUUAAAGGAGGAAUGGAUUUACCCGAUGGGCGACUCAUGCAAAAGCGCAAUAAUGUAUAAAAUCCCCCUAAAACCUUUGAAGGAUAGAUGUAUAAAGGGUCAAAGUUGGCAUAAUGCACCCAACUCAAAUAAACUAGUUUUAGGAUGGAUUAGUUCGUAUUUGUUGAUGCUCCUGGUUUGCGAAUUCCCCGAACUUUCUUUGUGUGCAAGUGUGCCAGGAGCCAAAGUUGAACACGAAGGAUUUUGUCCCAACAAGCUAAAUUCCAAUCUCUGGGUUGAUGCGCAAAGUACCUGCGAGAGAGAAUGCAACGUUGACGAGGACUGUGCUGACUUUGAGAAAUGCUGCACCAACGUGUGUGGUCUCAACAGCUGUGUGGCUGCACGUUUCUCUGAUGGUACCCCUGCCCAGCCAGAUGGGCAGGGUGGAGGAAAAGGAAAUAAUGCCCCCACCUCCACAGCUACCUGUGAGGGCUUUAUCUGCAGCCAGCAGGGAGCAACCUGUGACAUCUGGGACGGACAGCCCAUCUGCAAGUGCCGGGACCGGUGUGAGAAAGAGCCCAACUUCACCUGCGCUUCAGAUGGCCUCACCUACUUCAACCAGUGCUACAUGGAUGCGGAGGCCUGCAUCCGUGGGGAGACUUUAACUGUGGUCGCAUGCCGCUUUUACCUGGCCGGGCCCCACACCAGUCCACUGCCUCAGGAUACUACAGCUAACCCAACACCAACAUCCUCCCAAGAGGAUCCCAUGCCCCCCACACUGUACUCCAACCCUCACCACCAGUCCGUCUAUGUGGGCGGCACAGUUAGCUUCCACUGUGACGUUGUUGGAGCCCCCAGACCUGAUGUAACAUGGGAGAAACAAAGUGAACGACGCGAGCGGCUGGUCAUGAGGCCUGACCAGAUGUAUGGCAACGUGGUUAUCACCAACAUCGGUCAGCUUGUCAUUUACAACGCGCAGGUGUGGGAUACAGGUAUCUACACCUGCGUUGCAAGGAAUUCUGUGGGUGUUCUGCGUGCAGACUACCCUCUGUCUGUCAUCCGCCGGGGUGAUGAUGAUUUCUCUGAAGAUCCUGAGAUGCCGAUGGGACGCCCAUUCUCCCCAGCAGACUGCCUGGCUGAAGUAGACCGGAGAGUGUGCAGUGGUGAGCGUCACAUGGACUGGUAUUAUGACAGCAAGAUGGGCUCCUGCUUGGCCUUCAGCAACGGCGGAUGUGACGACAGCCGCAACCGAUUUGAGACUUAUGAGGAGUGCAAGGCCUCCUGUCAGAGAGAGGGGAUGGGCAUCUGCUUACUGCCUGCUGUCCAGGGCCCCUGCAAAUCUUGGGAACCACGUUGGGCCUGGAAUCCGAUCUUGAAACAGUGCCAGGCCUUUGCUUAUGGUGGCUGCCAUGGGAAUGCCAACAACUUCCGCACCAAGAAGGAGUGUGAGGCAAACUGCCCACAGACCAAAAGGAGACCUUGUAAGACCUGUCGGGUGAAGGGAAAAAUGGUGCCCAGCUUAUGCCGUAGUGACUUUGCUAUUGUGGGGCGGCUGACAGAGCUGGUGGAGGAUCUGGACUCUGGGUUCGCCCGCUUUAGCUUGGAAGAAGUCCUGAGAGACGAAAAGAUGGGAUUGACUUUCUUCAAAACCAAACACCUAGAGGUGACGAUAGCCAAGAUAGACUGGAGCUGUCCCUGUCCCAACAUUACCAUGGAGGAAAACCCUUUGCUGGUGAUGGGUGUGGUGCAGGACGGCAUGGCCGUCAUCCAGUCGGACAGUUAUGUCAGAGCCAUAACCGAACGCCGACUCAAGAAGCUACGUGAGGUUCUGAAUAAAAAGACCUGUGAGGUAUUGUAGAAGUCCCAGAAUUUAGACUUGUCAGCCCACAGAGGGUCUGAGGUCCCCUUUACCUUUAGCUCUAGGGAUGAGCAUUAGAAUUGCAACAAAAAAGCAGAAAUUGAAUAACUCUUUAAAACAAAAGACAAAUAUGUUAAAUACUAUAUGUCAAUGUGAUUUGUAUGUUCAUUACAACACAAGUUGUACUACAUUCCAGAUGUGUUGAAUACAUUAAUACCAAUGCGGAAAUGUUUUUUUUCUUCAAAUACGUUUAAAUAUAUUUUUUCCUUUGAAAUAUAUUCUGUAAAUUUCAGAAAGAUAAUGCAGAAUAGCAGCUCCACAAGUUGAUCAAUUUGCAAUAUGCCUAGCUUUUGAAGCUAAAGAACAAGACAACUACAUUACAUUACCACCAGAUUGUUGUUUUUUUCUAUUUUAUUGUAUUAUGUUUAUCGUGUACUGGGUUCUUUAUACUAGUCAUUUACAUAGAUGUUUGUAUAAGUUACCUUUUGUUGUUAUGUAUGAUUUCAAGAUCUAAUGUGCAGCACAUUCUCUCCCUCUGCAAAGCACUUCUGCUACCUUAGUCUCUGCAAACUGAAUGAAAAAAUAGAACGAGUGGGUGGUGGUAUCAAGGUAAAUAUAGUACAAAGACAACAUAUCAAUCUGUGAGCCUUUUUACUCAAGUGUGCAAUACAGAAGAAUAUAGUGUAUAACAGAUUUCAGUACUCCAGUUGUGAAUAAAUAAUUGUAUCUAUGUCAAUGUGUACCAGAAUAUGGGGAAACAGUUCAUUAAAAGUUCUGGAAAU